GUGUCUUUGCUUAACAAUGAAAUGAGCUGUAAAGGUGCAGCAGGGCAGAGAGAAAGAGGGCAGAGAGAAAGAGGGCAGAAAGAUUUGCCCCAAUCCCACACUGGACGUUUCACUUGGAUUAUUAUUGUAUACUAUUAAACUUUUUUGGGGAAACUCUUGUUAUUAAUCAGCUCCACUUGACCAUGGACAUCGAGAAGGAAGUAAAGAAGAUAACCCUGGGCCAUGAGAUCGGAGCCGGAGCAGCGUGUCUGAAAUGCAAGGACAAGUGUGAGGGCUUUGAGCUUCACUUCUGGAGAAAGAUUUGUCGCAACUGCAAGUGCGGGUUAGAAGAUCACGAUGUGCAGCUGCAGUCGGAAGAGAACCAGAAAGUGGGGCGGCUUUUCGAAGACACCAAGUACACGAGCCUAAUGGCCAAGCUGAAGAGGGACGGAGUUCCUUCGUACCAAGGCAGCCAACUCACCAUAACCAUCAGCACGCCUGCUAUUGGGGCCGCUGUACCUGUUGCAGUGGCUGGUACGGCAGGUACAGUAAGCCCUGUCUAUUCCCAAGGUGUCCCCGGAUACGAUGCUCCCUCUGUCCCUCAUAAGGGUGCUCCCACUGCUGCAGGACAUGGCGCCCCCGCUGUCCACGGCCAGGGCGCCCCCGCUGUCCACGGCCAGGGCGCCCCCGCUGUUCACGGCCAGGGCGCCCCCUCUAUCCACGGCCAAAGCGCCCCCUCUGUCCACGGCCAGGGCGCCCCCUCUGUCCACGGCCAGGGCGCCCCCUCUGUCCACGGCCAGGGCGCCCCCUCUGUCCACGGCCAGGGCGCCCCCUCUGUCCACGGCCAGGGCGCCUCCUCUAUCCACGGCCAGGGCGCCCCCUCUGUCGCUCACAAGGGUGCUCCAUCUGCUACAGGCCAGGGUUUCCCCUCUGUUCCUGGUGGCUCCAUUGCUACAGGUCACGGUAUCCCUUCUGCUCCCUCUGUUGCUGCUGCAGUCACUCCUGCUGCUGUGGCAGCCAAAAAGGAUGUGGUCAAAGCUGUUACGUAUGAGUGGGCUCCUCCAGGGGUUAAGCAGAAGUUGGCUCUGCAGUACAUGGAGCUGCUACCACCUGAACGGCGGCCCAUAGCAGGCACUCAGGGAGCAGAUUAUCGCAAGAAGCAGAUGGCCAAGCAGCUACCUGAACACGACCAGGACCCAGAACUCUGUCACGAGCUCUCGCCUGCUGAGGUCAAACAAAUGCAGCAGUACGUGCGCAAGUACAAGGACGAGGCUCUGGGUAUCGGAGACCUGACCCUCCCGGAAGAGUUCGGCUCUCACGCAGGCAUCGGAGUCGACCCUGGAGCACCCAGGGACCAGGGCACGGGCGCCGUUGGGAAGGUCGGGAUCCCAGGGGCAGUGGGGGCUGGAAGUGGGGCAGGUCCUGCUGGGAAAUACGCUUGUCAUCACUGCCACAUGAACAUGAACCACGGCGACCCGGCCGUUUACGCAGAGCGCGCCGGCUACGACAAGCUGUGGCACCCGGGAUGCUUCGUGUGCUGCACCUGCAACGAGCUGCUGGUGGAUAUGAUCUACUUCUGGAAGAAGGGCAAGCUGUAUUGUGGCCGACAUUAUGGAGACAGUGAGAAGCCACGAUGUGGGGGGUGUGACGAGCUUAUCUUCAGUAAUGAGUACACUCAGGCUGAGGGACAGAACUGGCACCUGAAGCACUUCUGCUGCUUCGACUGUGACUGUGUUCUUGCUGGAGAAACCUACGUCAUGGAGAACGACAAGCCUGUGUGCCAACCCUGCUACAUGAAGAACCACGCUGUGCACUGCGUGUCGUGUAAGAAGCCGAUCGAGCCCGAGGCGCAGCGCGUGUCCUUCGGUGAGCAUCACUGGCACGCAGAGCCUCAGUGUUUUCAGUGCUCCGGCUGCUCCAAGUGCCUCGUGGGUCAGCGCUUCAUGGCCCUGCAGGGGAAACUUGUCUGCUCUGUCGAGUGCAAGAAGAAGGUCCUGGCACCUUAGGAAAACAUCUUCAGAGCUACACGACCAAGAACUCACUUCAUAACCACUGUUUAUAACCACUGGUUCAAAUUGUGCUGUUUUUUUUACUGCACACUUCUUCUUCUUCUUCUUCUUCUUCUUCUUCUUCUUCUUCCUUUUGAUUCCGCGUUAGCCGAAUAACAUCGUUAACAUUCACAAAUUCUUCAAAGCCGUGGUUUUGCAUGCAGCAGAAUGCAGGUAGGAAGAGAGACAGUAAAUGGAAAACAGCUCUGAGAGAGAGAGAGAGAGAGAGAGAGAGAGCGGCUUCGGCAACAAGCCAAGACUCCGCCCACAAACUGUACAUCAUCUCCAAGGUCUCCAUCCUGCUGCUGUGACACGACCGCAUUGUUCCAACAAUCUAAAUGACUGUCAUUUUGCACUUUAUUUCUCUUUCUUUUUCUUUUUUUUUUUAAUUUUCUCUGUUUUGAAAAGUAAUAAAUAAAUUGCACCAGAAA